UGUUCGGGGAUAAAAAGUGGUUUCAGCCGAACUCGACACCAUCUUAGCGGCGGGGACAGUUCGCUGCGUCCGGCCCACACGCUCCGGGAGACCGGGGACUGUUUCCAGCGAGGCACCGAUGCACCGCUCCGUCGCAGCCGAGCUGUGAGGAAAUAGCGUCCGGAUGGUUCAGUAGAUGUCGGUUUCAUUAUCUGUCGGCCUAGCGAGCAGCGGCUGCGGCGGCGGGGGCGAGAGGGACGCGCCGAGCGGGGAGGAGGAGACGGGUCGAGCCGGGAGGAGGGAGCCACCAGCCCAUACCUUCCCUUUAAAGCGCAGAGGGACCGAGGGGGUGAAGAAGGGAUAAAAAAAGAAAAGGACGAGGAGGGAGGGCGAGGGCCCGAAAAAAAGAGAAAGAUGUCAUCCUGUGGAUUCAAACACCGAGGCGGAGCCACGGACCGCGGCCGACCAGCAGGGCUGUAGUUCGGCGACGAGCUGUACGCGACGCCGAGGCCUGGAGCGCGACAGCUGCGGCCUUUUCGGAGCUUUGGCUAAAUAAAACAACGAGCUGCUGGUUUCCUCCAUUUUCUUGAUUUGAACAGUAAAUAACCUGCAUGUUACCAGUUAUUGAAACCAUUAAAUCAUGAAACCUGCACAGAAGCGUGCAGUCAUUUAGACAAUAAGACAUCAGUGGUAAUUAGCUGGAGCUAAGUAUCAUUAGAGACAGGCCGCGGCUCCGGUUCUCUCCCCCGUGGACGGAGCUUCUCCUCCCGCCCCCUGUGAGCCCCCUGCCCGGGGAGCCGCUCUCCUGCAGGAUGGACACGUCCUGGAGCAACUUCCUCUUUCAGACGCCGUCGACUCAGAGCCAGCCUGAGACGCCUCUUCAGUCAGAGCUGCUGCCCGACCUGACGGGCUCGGCUCAGAGUCCUCCUGCCGAACACAUCGUGACGCCGCCGUCCACCGUGGACACGGCCGCCCUGAGCGAGGAGCCGCUACCUGUCAAACCGCUCGUCAAGCCGAGCCGCCCGGCGCACAUCUGCUCCACCUGCAACAAGGAGUUCAAGAACAGCUACAACCUGCGGCGCCACCAGUCGGUGCACACGGGCAUCCGGCUGAAGGGCGGCGCCACCCGUGACAAGGAGGAGGGGGGGAGGGGGGGAGGGAGGGUGGAGAAGCAGACGGUUCCGCUCUCCCUCCUCCAGCUCACCCUGCCCAUGCAGCCGCCGAUUGCCCCUCCCCCCACCGCUGCCACCGCCGCGGACACCAUCCCCCCGCCCGGUCUCCACGCCGACCAGGAGAGCCUGCCCGUCUCUGUGUCCAUCGCCCCAGCAACCGUCACCAUGGCAGCCCUGCCUCCAGCCAUCCAGGCAGCGGUUGUUGUGGUCGGGUCCGUGGAGCAGAGUCCUCAUCCCCCCCCCGGCACCAACCAGGUGAGGAAGAACCACGCGUGUGAGGCCUGCGGAAAGGCCUUCAGAGACGUGUACCACCUGAACCGCCACCGCCUGUCGCACUCUGACGAGAAGCCCUACUCCUGCCCCAUCUGCCAGCAGCGCUUCAAGAGGAAAGACCGCAUGAGUUACCACGUGCGCUCGCAUCAAGGCGCCGUGGAGAAACCGUACAUCUGUCCUCACUGCGCCAAGGCCUUCUCCAGACCGGACCACCUCAACAGUCACGUUCGACAGGUUCACUCCACAGAGAGACCGUUCAAGUGCACGACGUGCACGUCAGCGUUUGCCACACGGGAUCGUCUCCGGGCUCAUCUGAUCCGUCAUGAGGAGAAGGUUCCGUGUCACAUCUGUGGGAAGCUGCUGUCGGCCGCCUACAUCACCGACCACAUGAGGGUCCACAACCAAUCACAGCACCACGCCUGUCACCUGUGCAACCGCAGCUUCACCACACUCACCUACCUGCGUGUCCACGCUCAGAAGCACCAUGGUCAGGAGUGGAAGGACAGUGGCGGGGCGCGGGGGGGUUUCGGUGGGACGGGGGCCGGGGGGGUGCUGCUCUGCCAACUGUGUGGCGUGCAGUGCAAGACGACCACGCAACUCCAGGGUCACAUGGGCACUCACGCCAACCAGGGCGACCCCGGCACUGACCCCACAAGCUCGGGCCCCGUGGGCACCACCAGUGUGGCGGUCACUGUGACCAGUGCUGCCAGCACAGUGGGACUGCUGGUAACGGACUGCUCGGGUAUCGCCCCUCAGCCUCACAGCUAGCACGC